AUGUCUCCUGCAUCCACUGAAACUCCCUCCGCACCCCAGACCCAGAUCACCCUGGGCUCCAAGGUGAUUGCGAUCACCGGCGCCAACCGUGGAAUCGGCCUCGGAGUCGCAGAAUGCUGCCUCUCCAACGGCGCAUCCCGCGUCUACUCGAUCGACAUUGGCGAAACCGGCGAGGAAUUCGCCAGCCUUUCAAAGCGCUAUCCAGGCCAGCUUUUCGCAGUGACUGCCAAUGUAACCCAGGAAGCCACAAUCACAGCUGCGAUUGACCAGAUCAUCGAAGAGGCCGGUGCAUUGCAUGGAAUGGUGGUCAAUGCAGGACGGACGCACCACAAGGCAGCGCUGGACUUUACCCAGGAGGAAAUUGAGAACUUGUUCAAUGUGAAUCUCUUUGGGGCGUUUUAUUCAGCUCGAGCGGCUGCGCGCGCAUUCAUCAAGCUGGGCAUCAAGGGAUCGAUUGUCUUUACGGCUUCAAUGGCCUCGUACCGUCCCAACAAGCGCGUCCCAUCAACCCCCUACGGCGCCUCAAAAGCAGGAAUCCGCAACAUGACACACACCCUCGCCAUGGAAUGGGCGCAGUACGGCAUCCGCGUCAACAGCGUCUCCCCGGGUCUCGUCAAGACAGCCAUGACAUACUGGGUGCCUCAGCAGCCAGAUUGGGAACAGCAGCUCAAGUACUAUGGAGGAUUUCCCCGUCUGGCCGAAGUACAAGAGUUGGGUGGUGCGUAUGUGUACUUGCUGAGUGAGGCAGCCAGCUAUACGACUUCGAUUGAUAUCCCGGUUAACGGGGUCAUUGGCAUUUGUUGAUUGUUGGUCGGUAUAUAGACGAG